UCGCUCCGCAUCGACCAAUCACCGGCCGCUCCAGCGCCUCCAACGGAGAAAUAUAACCCGCGCCUCAUCUCCAAGCCUGUGGACAGCGAGGCACUGAGCUCCACCUUGCACCUAGCCAUGGCUUCCACCGCGCUCUCCACCGCCUCCAACCCCACUCGGCUCUGCCGGCCCCUUCCUUCGCUGGGCAAGCCGGUCAGGGGCCUGGGCUUCGCCCGGGAGCGCAUCCCGAGGAACAUCACGUGCAUGGCCGGCAGCAUCUCCGCCGACCGCGUCCCGGACAUGAGUAAGAGGGAGCUGAUGAACCUCCUCCUGCUGGGCGCCAUCUCGCUCCCCACCUUCGGCAUGCUCGUCCCCUACGGCUCCUUCCUCGUCCCCGCCGGCUCCGGGAGCAACACCGGCGGGACCGUCGCCAAGGACAAGCUCGGCAACGACAUCCUCGUCGAGGAAUGGCUCAAGACGCACGGCCCCAACGACCGCACGCUCGCACAGGGACUCAAGGGUGAUCCGACGUACCUCGUCGUGGAGGCCGACAAGACCCUCGCCACCUACGGGAUCAACGCGGUCUGCACCCACCUUGGCUGCGUCGUGCCGUUUAACACCGCCGAGAACAAGUUCCUUUGCCCUUGCCAUGGAUCCCAGUACAACAACCAGGGCAAGGUUGUCCGUGGACCUGCUCCCCUGUCGCUGGCCCUGGUUCAUGCUGACGUUGAUGAUGGCAAGGUCGUCUUCGUCCCGUGGGUCGAGACCGACUUCAGGACCGGCGAGAACCCAUGGUGGAAAUAAGCAACACAAGCUCCAGCACAGCAAUGUCUUUGCUUCUGUGAUCAGCCCGUAAAGCCUCCUGUACUGCUGAGAAGCUGCUAUAAAACCACCUGUUCCUUGUAUCCAGUUAUAUCUAUCUAUAUACACUGUAUGAAAUAACAGAAACUUUUCCAUUGCAUAUACUCCGUAUCACAUAUUGAGGACUCUGAAUCUGCUAA